UGUGUGAGUAUGUUUGCGUGUAUAUGUAUAUGUAUGUGUAAAUUGCAUGUGUAAAAAAAUACUAACUCAACAUUUCUGUUCCAUAUGAAAUUAAUGCACACUGAGAAAACUGAAAAGUCGAACUAAGAGAAGGUCUAAAACUUGGAAAAGAAGAAUGAUGCAGAAUGUCAGAAAGAUUGAAGGAAAUAAACGAAUGAAGAACGCAAGAAUAUUACAAAUAAGAUAAGUAUGUAAAACAAAACAUCCCGAAAUCAAACACCGCUCGGUUGAGAUUUUAUGCAUUUCAAGUAUCCAACAGGUAAACCCAUUUAAAAUAUUAUUAUUAUUGUUGUUACUAUUACCAUUAUUUCAUUACUACUUUACUAUUACAAUUAUUACGGUAUAUAUUUGAACAGAUACUUAUAACCUGUCACUGACUAAAAAUAACUACAACUAAUCAGGCAAUAUCGAACUGUCAAAAUGGGAAACCAAAACAACCAUCAUACCACACAACUUUCCAAUUAUUCAGACCAAUCUUUUCAACAGUAUUUGUGAACCGAACCGUACCGAUGGGCCCUCAGACCUAGUAACUAUUCACCGUGGCUUUCGAUUACCUUCGGUACGCUUAUGCUUAUACAUACAAGCCUCAUUCAACGUUUGUCUGAGCAGUUUUGAGCCGUACAAAGCUACCAAUAUGAAUGCAGUCAUCAGCACCAGCAUUAUUCACAAGCAUGUUUUAACAUCACGUUCGCAUCGCUCCUCAGUCUGUGUUAAAGCACUAACCAGUUCCGAACGAUCCGCACAAAAGCUGCUUCGUCAGUUCGUUUCGAUCUGCGGUUCCAGACGUAUGAUCGGUACUUCUCAUUCCGCAAAGCUCUUUGUUUUGAUUAAAGCCUGCAAUAAUUUUGUUACUCGUAGUCGAGUUUGAUCAUUUCAUGUUACGCGUACUUAAUCCAAAUUCGAACGGUCUACGACCUCAAAUCAUGCGCAUAUGACCUGGCAAUCUUUGGAAGCAAUUACAGUAAUCCAGUAUUAAAACCGUGUGUGGGGAAGUGACGAAAUUUGCGAUGCUUCACCGCAUUGCUGUGUGAAUAUGUGUUGAGUGUUGUGACGCAGCUUAAGGGUUGCAGACCAGUAGUAAUCGGCGAAACAUAAUGGUUAGCGCCAAACAAAAGCUUAUGAUUUCUACGGUUGCAGUAGUAUUCGACUGAAGGUAGCUUAGCUCAGUAUACAUGGAUGGGAGGCUGGAUAAGAGGCUGCCAACCAUAGCAAAAUAAGCUCGUUUCCGCGAGUCACUGCCACUUUUCAACACAGUAAAACAAUAAUUCGGAUCGGUUCGCAGCAAAGCUGAGAAGGGGAAAAGCUUAUGAAAUGUGGUCUAAUUUCAGAGAAAAUAUGGACGACUACGGUGAAUCAACUGGUCUGCUGGAACAGCAGGUGGCCUCCGUCCGGCUACCCAUAAUUGGAAUGACGUGUCAGUCCUGUGUGAAAAACAUCGAAGGUACCAUUGGCGCCAAGUUAGGUAUUAUCAAGAUCAGCGUGAUGUUAGCCGAAAAUGCCGGAUACAUAGACUUUGACCCGACACUAACGGAUCCGACCCAGAUUGCAGCUGACAUCGAUGAUAUGGGUUUCGAAUGCACUUACAGUGACGAUGAACGGAAAACGACGGAUGAAAGCAGUGAUGCGUUAUUGACUCGAAUAAGUAUUCACGGAAUGACUUGCCAAUCCUGUGUAAAAAACAUCGAGGGAAACAUCCAAAACAAGACUGGAAUUAUAUCGGUUAAAGUAAUUCUAGAGCAAAAACUAGGGUUGAUAGAAUAUGACAGGUGGUUGACUAAUCCCGAGCGAAUAGCAGAACUUAUUGACGAUAUGGGAUUUGAGGCCAAAGUGGCUGAUAAGGAGAGUGAAUAUCAAAAGACUGACAACAACCAGGGCAGCAACAACCGGUCGGCCCGUUCGGAGAAAUUAAUUUCAAUCGAUGAGGACCUCACUCAUCCAAACGAGACGAGUACCAAUGAAAAGCAGGGCCAACAAAAGGAAAUUUUCAAGCGUUGUUUUUUGCAUGUCCAAGGUAUGACUUGCGCUAGCUGUGUAUCGGCGAUUGAAAAACACUGUAAAAAAAUAUAUGGAGUUGAAUCAAUUCUCAUAGCACUUCUGGCGGCGAAAGCAGAAGUCAAGUAUGACGAUGCGUUGACCGCACCCGAGGAUAUUGCCAAAUCGAUCACGGAUCUGGGUUUUCCAACUGAAAUUAUAGACGAACCUGGAACAGGGGAAGCCGAAGUGGAGAUCGAAAUCCUCGGGAUGACAUGCAGCUCAUGUGUGAAUAAAAUCGAAAAAACAGUUUUGAAAAUUCCGGGAGUUCUGAAAGCGUCUGUAGCUUUAACCCUCAAGCGAGGACGUUUCUCGUUCAAUAACGAAAAGACAGGAGCACGAACGAUAUGCGAAGCAAUCCAGGAGCUAGGUUUUCAGGUAACUGUUCUGUCGAACAAGGACAAAAUGGCUCAUAGUUAUCUUGAGCACAAGGAAGAAAUUCGAAAGUGGCGUUAUGCGUUUCUUAUCUCUCUCCUGUUCGGAGGGCCGUGUAUGAUAGCUAUGAUAUAUUUCAUGGUGCUGAUGGAAACACAUAGUCACGAAGAAAUGUGUUGCGUCAUUCCUGGUUUGUCUUUGGAAAAUCUCAUCAUGUUUGUAUUUUCGACACCGGUACAAUUUUUCGGCGGGUGGCAUUUUUACAUCCAGGCCUACCGAGCAGUGAAACACGGCGCUAGUAAUAUGGACGUUCUCAUCACGAUGGCUACCACUGUUAGUUAUAUUUAUUCGGUCGCUGUCCUCAUUCCUGCAAUGGUGAUGGAGUCGAAAACUUCUCCACUAACAUUUUUUGAUACACCUCCGAUGUUGUUCAUUUUUAUUUCACUCGGUCGUUGGUUGGAACACAUCGCCAAAGGGAAAACUUCUGAAGCUUUGUCAAAACUGUUAUCACUGAAAGCUACCGAAGCGGUACUGGUGGUGCUCGGCGAGGACUAUGAGGUUCUAUCGGAGAAACUCAUUUCGGUUGAUCUGGUGCAACGUGGUGACACGUUGAAGGUAGUUCCUGGCAGCAAGGUUCCCGUGGAUGGUAAGGUCAUCUGCGGAAAUUCCACCUGCGAUGAAAGUCUCAUCACCGGAGAGUCGAUGCCAGUGCCCAAAAAGAAAAAUUCUGUUGUUAUUGGUGGUUCCAUCAAUCAGAAUGGACUGCUACUUAUGAUGGCCACACAUACCGGCGAGAACACCACUUUGGCACAGAUUGUCAAACUAGUGGAGGAAGCACAGACCUCUAAGGCACCGAUCCAACAGUUGGCGGACAAAAUUGCCGGUUACUUUGUGCCCUUCGUGGUGGCUGUUUCUUGUAUUACAUUACUCGGAUGGACCAUCACCGGGUACAUCGAUAUUAACCACAUUCCCAUGUCAGACGAUGCUAAGGAAGGACUAAACAGGGAGGAGAUAAUCUUCAGUUAUGCCUUCCGAUGUGCGCUUAGUGUACUAGCGAUUGCGUGUCCGUGUGCGUUAGGAUUGGCCACUCCUACGGCGGUUAUGGUUUCUACAGGAGUUGGGGCAUUGCACGGUAUCUUGGUCAAAGGAGCUGGUCCUCUGGAAAAUGCGCACAAAGUGAAAACCGUUGUGUUCGAUAAAACUGGUACCGUCACAUACGGCAUGCCGAUGACUUCGAGGGUGUGCUUGUUCGUGAAGCCUAAAGUUUGCUCCCUGGCACGCACUUUGAGUAUCAUUGGUUCAGCAGAGAUAAACAGUGAACAUCCAAUCGCCACAGCCGUGGUAAAAUUUGUGAAAGAAACUUUAGAGGUAGAUGCUUUCGGAAAAUGUGCGAAUUUUAUGGCCGUACCAGGUUGCGGAAUCCGUUGUGUGAUUUCGAACGUAGAUGGAAUUCUGAACCAAGGAAUGCGGUCGGAAAAAAUCAUAAAUUAUCUCAACUCCUACAAAAGCGACUCAAAUGGAAUUAGCUUUGUAAAUGGAACAGUGAUAGAAGAACUCAUUCCACAAUUGAGUCCAUCGCAAAAGAAUACAAUUGAGUUGCAGCAACUGUUACAGCUGGAAACCAUUGAGGCUGAAGCCAGCGUUGAGGCUUUUUCGCAGGUUAAUGAAUUCAAUGUUUUGAUCGGUAAUAGAGAAUGGAUGAAUCGGAAUGCAAUCAUCGUUUCACCGGAAAUCAACAUUAAAAUGACUGAAGAGGAACAAAUGGGAAACACUGCAAUACUCUGUGCAAUCAAUAGUCAAUUGAUCUGCAUGGUGUCCGUUUCGGACAUGGUUAAACCGGAGGCUCAUUUGGCGGUUUACACUUUGAAAAAAAUGGGUAUUGAAGUUAUUCUGUUGACUGGCGAUAACAAGAAUACUGCUGGCAACAUUGCUCGUCAAGUAGGAAUUAAUCGAGUGUUUGCGGAGGUUCUCCCAUCGCACAAAGUUGCUAAAAUUCAGCGCCUACAAGAGAACGGAAUGCGUGUAGCAAUGGUUGGUGAUGGUGUGAACGAUAGUCCUGCGUUAGCGCAAGCGGAUGUAGGAAUAUCGAUUGCUUCUGGUACGGAUGUGGCAGCCGAGGCGGCUGAUGUUGUGCUUAUGAGGAACGACUUGUUAGAUGUCGUGGCCUGCUUGGACUUGUCGCGCAAGACUGUUCGUAAGAUUCACCUAAACUUCCUUUUUGCUAGUAUGUAUAAUUUGCUCGGAAUUCCACUGGCAGCCGGCGUGUUCACACCGCUUGGGAUUAUUUUGGAGCCUUGGAUGGCUUCGGCAGCGAUGGCGCUCAGUUCGGUAUCUGUUGUUUGCUCCUCUCUGAUGCUAAAACUGUACAAAAAGCCGACGAAAGCAGCUCUCCAAACGCCCGAAUAUACAGCCCUUGUAGAGGUCGGAGCUCUGCUUGAUCCGGAAACAGUUUCUGUACAUCGUGGUUUAGACGAUAUUCCAAGACCCAACUUUGGUCGCUCUACGAGCUCUACUCUAGCCAAAUUAUUCGGUCGAGGUAGUAAAGAAGUCAAUGAAGAUCAUCUACUUGCAUCUCAUGCAAUGACAGACGAUGAUGAGUUUAGCGUGGAUAUCGUGAAGUCGGUUAAUGGCGGCAUUUACAAAGAUUCAACCGAAUUGCAUCAGCUAUGAGAGCUGACACCAGGACACAGGUGGCAUAGCAUCAAAACUACCAAAAAUUGCUAAGUCUGGUAGAAUUUACUUACUCUCGUAACCGUGACCAUCCAAAGUAAGAGUAUCAGCCCAGUAUUUUUCUUGGAGGAACCCGAAAAGCAGCCAUAAUACUGGGUGAAGCAUUGCUUUUCAAUGAGUAUAUAUGUUCCUCGUUCAUGUUUUUUUAUCGCCAUUCUUUACUACGUUAUUCAGUGAUUUGUGAUAUAUUACGCAUUAUUAGGUUUGUUUCAUACUGAUUUGAUGAGUUUAAAACUGUUUUCAUCAUGUACGUACUUAUCAUAGGCACAAAUGUAUCAAAACCAUCCUUUAGCUAAAAUAGGUGUACAUAUUAGGAUGCUCAGAUUUGCGUAUUCAACUGAGAAGCUUUUAUAUGAAUAUUUAUGAAUAAAAAAUACUUGACCAAAAGAAUCAAA